CUUCGCCCGCCCGCCAGCACUCGCGGGCCCCAGGCGCGACCAUGGUGCAGGCCUGGUACAUGGACGACCGCCCCGACGACCCCCGGCUGCCCCACCGCCCCGAGCACGGCCUCCCGGUGGGCCUGGAGCAGCUGCGCCGGCUCGGCGUGCUCUACUGGAAGCUGGACGCCGACAAGUACGAGAAUGACCCGGAAUUAGAAAAGAUUCGGAGAGAGAGAAACUACUCGUGGAUGGACAUCAUAACCAUAACCAGAGACAAGCUCCCAAACUACGAAGAAAAGAUCAAGAUGUUUUACGAGGAGCAUUUGCACCUGGAUGAUGAGAUCCGCUACAUCCUGGACGGCAGCGGGUACUUCGACGUGCGAGACGCGGAGGACAAGUGGAUCCGGAUCUCCAUGGAGAAGGGAGACAUGAUAACGCUCCCCGCGGGGAUCUACCACCGCUUCACGGUGGACGAGAAGAACUACGUGAAGGCCAUGCGGCUGUUUGUGGGAGAGCCGGUGUGGACAGCGUACAACCGGCCGGCUGACCAUUUCGAAGCCCGGGAGCGGUACGUGAAAUUCCUGGCGCAGACGGCGUAGCAGCGCUCCCCGGGAACUAGCGCGUGCCGUGCGAAGGUCCGAAACACGAUAACUGAGCAGAAAAUCAGGUGUUUGCUUUUGUACGGUAGACAUGAGGCUAGAUCAUCUUCUUUCCUUUGCGAGAUUAUUUGAUCAGAAUAUUUUUUAAUGAAAGAGCUAUAAAAGUGAUUUUUACAUGGAGGCAACUUGGAAAUGCCAGCAAGUCACCUUCAUUUUUUCUCACUCCCUCAAGACUAGUUCCGUAGCCCCGUUAGUAAAGCGCCCGCCUCAGACACGCUGGGAAUCUCACCCCGUCACACGCAGCUCCUCCGCUGCUCACUCUGGGUGCCGUCCCGGCCUCGCAAGGAGGUGUCAUAGCAGAUAACACAGCUAAGCAGAUGGAAGACACUUUUCUCUCCCAAAAUGACGCCCAGGGUGGGGCAUGGUGUAGAGGAGGAGCUCCCAGGUUAGGGCACACCCUGAGUUGCUUAUGCCACUUUCUCGUUCAAAAUAAAGGAACCACCUUGAUUUGUG